AUGGCAAGCAUCGGGGCGCGAGCAACGCGCAGAAUGCUUGCAGGCGCAGUGCUUGCGCUCAUUUUCUUGUCGUUAUGGUACAUAGAUACUCCAGGUACUUCGGUGACAGUGGAGGGGCAAUCAGGCUCACAAAACCCCUUGAUGCACAACGAGAACGACAGUGACAACAUCAACGAUAACGACGACGAUAAUAACGACGACGACGACAACAAAAACGACGGACACGAGAAAUGGUCGCAUAUCCCAAGCCAUCUACACGGCAAGACUCACGAUCUCACCAAACUUCCACCUCAGAUUUUACACCUACACAGCGAUCUGCAUCAUCUGCACAACAACGAUGAAUUUCUCCCAUACAUCGCUGGCAUCAGCAGUGUGCCCAAUUUGACAGUUAGCACUGCAUACGGGACUUGCAAGUUUACUGAUGAAGAAAUGGGCUCAUUCGUUUACAACAAUGAUGCCCCGUGGGUGCUCGAGCCCACAGCAGACGACCAGAUUGUGUCGUUGAGAGAAGCCUGGCAGUCGUACGUGAAGCGAGGUCUCAUUCCCUGGGAAGCAGUCAAGGACAGGUACAGCGGCAAGGGAAUAGUGAUUGUUGGCGGUAAGGGCGCGGAUGUUAAGCGAAUUGUGGUCGCUUUAAGAGCGUUGCAGAAGCACGGAAGCAAGCUGCCUGUCGAAAUCAACUACUUUGACGAUGAGCUGGUCGAUACCACACGUCAGGCGCUCACAGAUAUCUACGGCGACAAGCUACUGUUCAACGACCUGGCGGCCGAAGACCAACCAUGGGCAACAUUCAAAGUGUUUAAAGACAACUACCAGCUCAAGACCGCAGCGCUGGUCAACAGCAGAUUCUCAGAAAUGCUACUACUCGACUCGGACAACAUCCCAACAAGGGAUCCUGCCACACUCUUCGAAUCCAAAGCCUACAAAGAAUUCGGCAGCGUCUUUUGGCCAGACUUUCCAAGAACACGGAAGGAGCACCCAGCCUGGGCAGCUUUCAACACUCCCUGUCGACGUGGCGAGUACGAGUUCGAGACUGGCCAGGCUCUGAUCGACAAGCGUAGACAUUUCUACCAUCUACAGUUCGCGGCCUGGAUGAACACACAGCCGUACUGGAGGGAAAUGCUCCUUGGCGACAAAGAUCUCUUCAGAUAUGCGUGGCAUGCGUUAAAGACAGAUUUCGGCACGCCAUUCAAAUGGCUGACCAGCAUAGGAUUCUAUGCCGAGCAACAGGACGGCGAGGGCUCAAAGCUGGCUUACUGUGGACAUACCUUUGGACAGUCAUUCCCGGAUCAUGACAAGGACAGUGCUGGCAGUGGCAUCGCGUUCUUGCACGGCGGCGCGCUAAAGACUGUUGGAGGACCGCUGUUGGCUCGAUUGAGGAAGUUGAAGGGCGGGAUCUUCACGCAUUUCAAACGGGUCAAGGUCGAGACGCUGGAAGAUUGGUCGCAGGUUGAGUAUGGUGUCACUUUGGAGCAUUGGCGGGCUGGGUGGUAUUACAAUUUCACGAAGGAGAUUAAGGCUGCAGACCUGCUGAGCCCGUCCGAUGAUUUCGACCUUGAUGGCAAGCCGAUGGGUGAAGCAGGGCUACAGGCCAUGGAAUUGGGCGAAGCAGAUAUGAAUAAGGUCGUGUUGUGCACGGACUUUGCGUUCGUGGAGCCAAGACCGAUUGCGGAACUUGGUGAGGAUGCGACGAAGUUCGAGCAGCUGUAUGAAGAUAUUGGUGGCUAUUGGGCGAUCGAAUUUGGAUAUCAUGGCUGGUAG